GCUGGACGUUGCUCAACCCACAGUGCUCCUAUAAUUCAAACAUUUUCGGAAUUAAAAUCUUUAUCUCAUAAUUCGCAAAUACUUCAAAGUAAAACAAAAUACCUAAAAUUAUAGUCAAAAUAUUUAAUAGGUGUUGUUUUAAAUGUCGUUUUAUUUUAGCUAAUGAAAUGGUCUAUGUUUUUUAUGAAUACAACGUUAAGCUUCAAUAUUAUACAAUGCUCUCUCUGUCUCUGUCACACACACACACACGCACACACAAACAGGAAACAGGCGGUCAGCUUCAUAAACAUGGGAACUUGGGUGAUCUGCCGUCAGUCAGUGCUGGAUCAGGCUGCUGUGAGAUCAGCUCAUCCUCGGGCUCAAGUCAUGAAUCUGAAGGUUGGAUAAUCAGGAGCCGCAUCAAAACCUGAGCAGAGUGCAGUGCACGCUGUGACCCUGAUCCAGGAGGUUGGAGGAUUCCUUCCACUGAGAAUUCUUCUGGUCCUGAAAGUUCCUGUUCUGAGCUCAGCCAUGGCAGACCAUCUUGUUCCCACUUUGCUGGAAGUCUGCGUGGUUGUGGGACCAUCUAUGGACAAACUCAGGGACGUCUACCAGAUACUAAACAGUAACGGAGCACCAGAGCAAGUCCUGCUGGAGCCAGAGGUACUGCACGUGCUGGCGCCCCCUUUUGUCAGCAGAUCACAAAAUGAGAGCGUUGUGGUCAGUUCGCAUGGAAAGAGACGGCGCUCCUUUCUGAGGAAGAAGAGGGAACCGCCUCCUUCAGCUGCUGUGACACUGCACCAAGGUGGAGGUGCAGAUGGAAGAGGAAGCAAUGAAGAUGUCAGUGUUCCUAAAGACAUUGAUCUCAUGGCUUUACCUCAGCUCUGCUUCCCAGAUGGACUUCGUGUGACCAAUGAACACAGAGAAGAACAGUUUCACUUCCUGGUUUUCACCGAUGUCUUUGGUAACAAGACCCACGGCGUAGUAAUGCAGUGUUACCAACCAGUACUGGAAGUGGGGCAACUCUUUAGCAAUGGACUUGGUUCUGCGAAGUUCCCCAAACUUUUCUCGGCCUUCAGUUUCUGUGUCAUAUCCAAGUAUCCGUACUUCACUGCCCUCAAAGACUGUCUGUCCUGUCUUUUAAUCCAGCUGAGAAACUGUCGCUCAUCAGAGAUAGAAGAGAGAGUGAAGGAGUUUGCUGCCAAACUUUCACUUGUUCCAAUUCCUCCUCCAGGACAACUGCACCUGAUGUUCACUCUGCGUCCUCUGACCAUCGUGUUACCGUCCAGAGAAGACAAAGAUCAGCCUGCCAUAGAUUUGGACCUUCACCUGCCGUUCCUUUGCUUCAGGCCACAGCAGCUCCUACAGGUGUUGUCUUGUCUCCUGCAGGAACAGAGAGUGGUGUUAUUUUCUGCUGACUGGGCCAGACUCACACUGGUGGCAGAGAGUUUGCUGCUGUACCUGCAGCCUCUGUCAUGGCAGCAGCCCUAUGUCCCUGUCCUGGCCAGAGGGAUGCUGGACUUCCUCAUGGCUCCAACUGCUUUCCUCAUGGGCUGCCAUGUUAGUCAUUUUGAAGAGGUUGCAGCUGAGACCGAUGAUCUCAUCCUAAUCAACAUCGACAGCGGAGCCGUCUCCACCUCCUGUUCUGAUACAGUUGACCUUCCACAGAUUCCUGCAGCUGCAGCAGACUGCUUCACACAGAGGUGGCAGUCCCUGCAGAUACACUUUGACCUGAACCAGUGCCACCGCGCCAGCUGCCAUGACAUCAACGAGCGGCGGGCACAGAGGAGAGCAUGGCAACACAACCUCAACCACGACAUCCAGAGGAUCACGCUGGAACUGAUAGUCAACAUAUUUAGGGACGUCAGCUGCCAUCUCAAUUAUGAACAUCGUGUGUUCAACAGUGAGGAGUUCCUGAAAACCAGAGAACCAGCAGACCAACUGUUCUACAAGAAGGUGCUGGAGACACACAUUUUCCACUCCUUCCUUAAAGACCGCCUCAACAGGAAAAUGGACAAUUACACACGUAUGGAGAUCAGCACUCGUUCAGAGAUGCAGAGACUAAAGGCUACGGUCGAAGUUACCCGCAGGCCCACCAUGCAGGAGAUACAAGCCCGGAGAAGAAGUUCAAUCACAGAGACUGGGCCCAACAAAAGACUGGGCAUGAGCCUUCCUAACCUCAGGGAUGAACAGAUGAACAUCGCCUUCUAUAGAAAUGGGAUUAUCAUGUCGGACACUGCAGUGAGGACUCCUCCGAAGCAUGUAAAGGUGUUUAAGCUCCCAGACUUCCCAGCAUCUCUGUCCUUCCAUUCUGUCCAAAGUUAUUACAGUGAGCUAAUCCAGCACCUUGGAAAGGCCAUCUUCUCAGUCCAGAAUGAGAACUCAACCAUGCUUGCCAGGUUUUACUACUUGCGGGGUUUCAUCAAUAGCCUGUGUCUACGGCGGCUGGACGCUCUGAGUGAUUUCCAGAACCUGUACAAAACGGACACUGCCAUCUUUCCCACCCACCUGGUCACAUGGCUGGUGGACUCUCUGCAACGAGAUGAGAGGCACCAAGCCGACAGGAGACCUGAACUGAAGAGGCUGAUCCUCAAGGUAAAGACAGAAAAUGAGAAAUCAUCAGUGCAGCCUGACGACCACGUCAAAAAGUUUGAACUCCCACGAAAUCCCCUCCCUCUGGCCGAGUUCGUCCGUUGCGUCCAGGAGUGUGGAAUUGUGAAGGAUGUGGCAACGAUACACAGACUCUUUGGUGCUUUUACUGAUGGUCAGUCAAAGCAGCUGGACCCUGAACUCUUCAGGCUCUUCUACACAUUCUGGAAGGAGACGGAGGCCGAAGCGCAGGAUGUCAACCUGCCCACCCAGGUGGUCGACCACCUCGACAACAGUGAGUGCGUCUACAAGUUGUCCUCCUGCGUCAAGACUUCCCAUGGCGUUGGGAAAAUCGCAAUGACACAGAAGCGCUUGUUCCUGCUCACUGAGGGUCAGCCAGGCUACCUGGAAAUCACAAAGUUCAGAGACAUACAGGAAGUAAAGAUUGCUUCGGCUCCGUUUCUUCUUGUUCGUAUUCCGUCCCUCCGUAUCCAGACCUCCAGCCGGCCUGAGGUGUUUGAGGCAAACCUGAAGGCAGAGACUGAACUCUGGAACCUCUUGGUCAAAGAGAUGUGGGCUGGACGCAGGAUGGCUGACCAACACAAAGACCCUCAGUACAUGACUCAGGCUCUGACCAAUGCUCUGCUGAUGGAUGCUGUCGUGGGUUGUCUACAAACCCAGAGGGCCAUCACUGCUGCCUCAAAGCUGGCGUACUUUGAUAAAAUUAAACACGAAGUGCCCAUGAUGGUGCCAAAAACAACAUCAGAGACCCUCAAACACAAGAUCAACCCCUCACUGGACCUGGCUGAGCCUCAGACUGUUCACGUGCUGCUGUACACACCUGGUCAGUUGACCUGUGACCACUCGGAGAGCGUGAAGAACCCCAAGUUGUGGGUGGCCCUCAGUGGAGGCAGGGUGGUUGUUUUCGAUGCAGCGAGCUGGUCCAUGCUGCAGGACUGCAUCCAGGUCGGAGAGCUGCAGCUGAACUGCAUGCUGGGAUUGGUCCAGGAGCAGGUUUGGAUUGGAUCCCAGGACUCUGUGAUUUAUAUCAUUGACACCCACAGUAUGUCCUGCAACAAACAACUGACUGAGCACAGACACGAAGUGACUGGUCUGACAGUAGAUGCCAAAGAUCAACUCAAUAGUCAGCAGUUAUUUUCCUGUAGCAGUGAUGGGACCAUUCUGCAGUGGGACUCAGCCAGCCUCAAAGUGAAGCGACAGUUCCAUCUAAGCUGUGACCGUCUGUCGUCCAUACAGAUCCAUGAAGGAACACUGUGGUGCUGUUGUGGCGACAGCAUCGUCGAGCUGAAAAAGAGUGGCACGCCACAGCGAAGGAUGACACUUCCUGAGGACCUGCGCAGCAUUCCCAGUCGAUUCUGCAGCUUCAUUGUCAUCCCUGAGCAAGGUCAGCUGUGGACUGGCUGUGCAGAGUCAGGUGAACUGUGUCUUUGGAACAUCACUGAUCACAGAACUCCGUACAAAAGAAUUCCUCUGCCCGGCACUUCAGGAGUCACCUGUAUGAUUCGUGUAAAGGACCAGAUCUGGGGGGGAUGUCGCGGCGGGUGCACGAUUGGGGGUGUGUGCGACAGUCGUGUGAGAAGUCAGGUGCUGGUGGUCAACCCUGAGAACCACACCGUGGCCAAGGAACUGCAGGCUCAUUCAGACAUCAUUCAGACACUCUGCUCAGCAGAGGAUCGUUAUGUCCUGAGCGGCUCCGCACGCCGUGAUGGGAAGAUCGCCAUCUGGAAGGUGGAGUAAAGAACAGACACUGGGAAUAAAGAAGGAGAAAUAAAAGAAAACUUGUGUGAUGUGAAAACAGAAAUAACACUCAAUGUUGUUUGCUCUGAAAGAUGGUAAAUGUAUAAUAGAAGACUAUAAUGGGUUCACCAUCAGUGAAUACAAUGAAGUUUUGUCUCUGACAGUUGUCCUGGAAGACAAAAUGGAGAUUCUUUUUUGAAUUGAGAAACAAACUAAACAAACACAUGAAAUGUGUAAAAAAAUCAAAUUUUGCUCUGAAACUUGUGUAUGACAAAAACACAGUGUAUUUAUGUUUAUCAGAUAUUAAGACAUUAUUAAUGUUUCAGUAACCUGACAUCGGCAUUUAUCGAAUGCUCUGUUUAGUACUUGGAAUUUGCACUUAUGCAGUUACUUUGAUGGUAUUUAACACACUUGACUCAGCAGCUGUAAACAACAUAAUAAUAAAGUCUUUGUCUUCAUUUGAAUCCUCCAUUGCAUUUAACCCUUUUGACAUUUUGGACAAACGAGAUCUGAAAUCAGUGCUUAAAAAUUUGAGAACUGUUCAUUAUUUACUGUCUGUUUUUCCAGUUUCCAGUUGUUCAUUUCUGUGGUUUCUGCAGCAGAACAUCUGCCUGCAUCUAGAUAUAUUACUAGGAAAUUCAUUUGGGGUUUCAAAUUUUGGUGUUCUGCAAGAAUCACAUGAGAUGUAUAAAUCAGAGAGGGAUGUUUUUACAGUGUUUUAUUUCAACUAUACAUUCACAGAAGUGGGGUCAAAGCUUUUUUCAUCUGCUUCAGUUCAGCUAUAAAUCAUAGCUUUAUCAACACAGGGCAGAGUAUGGCUCCAUGUCAGGUAAACCACACAUUUUCCGAUAAGUCCUUCUGUAUUCAUAAUUUUCUUCUUGUCGUCAUAAACAUAAAUUACACCUUUAAACUUUUGCAGUGGGGUUUUAUUUUCUACUUAGAAAUGUUUAAAAUUGCCACUAAAUAUGUUUAUUCCCAAUUUUACACAAUCUUUAAUGUAUAUCAUAAUUCUAACUUAAACCAAUAAUUCCUUUAAAACUCAGAUCCCGAUAAUAGCUGAAAAAAAGCUGUGAAACGAGAUACUGUAUUUUAUCCUA